AUGGCGGAGAAAGAAGCAGAAGUCGGAUUCAAAAAGGAGACGAUAAGCAAACUCUUGUUAAGUUUCUUCAAGGAGGACAAAACCAGACUAAGCGGCGAUGCGACGCUGCUCAUGACAGAGUUGCUCAAGAUAUUUGUCCAAGAGGCUGCUGUGAGAUCACUGAAACAAGCGGAGUCUGAGGACUGCGACCAAGUGGACGUGGAGCACUUUGAAAAGAUUCUGCCUCAGCUGCUGCUGGACUUCUAGCACAGUGAUGCCACAAGAUGGAGCCAGAGUGUUGCCCACGUGUUCCUGCUCAAAUCCAACAUGUUUAUUGUUUUCUGUAUAAUUGAAGAAAAAAAACGUUAUCACUAAAAUCGGAGACGACAUUUAAAUUCUCACCCCGUAUGUAUUGGAGCUGUGUGAUUUUUAAGUAGAACGUAGCGGUGCUGUCCGCACGCCUCCACGUCACCACCAAUAAGGCCCACCUGUGCUCCUAUGUGCAACAACAGGUGCUUCCAGCAUGCAUAGUGCCCUUCAUCAAAGCCUCCUGGAGCAGUUGGAAGCAAUUAGAGUAAUAAGGGGAGCAGCUAGUCCCUUAGAUGAUGACAAGUGCCAGGAAAAAAGGAGUACCCCCUCCGGCCACUUUGAAGUUCCCUUUUGCUGUCCUGCGAUGUUUAGUUAGAGGGGGGGGGGGGGCAAAGGGGACCUCUGGCACAGAGGGAAAGUUGAAUGGGUGUGUGCAUGCACGAACGUGUGCACGUGUUAGCCAAACAUGGCCAGAGACCACACGCAUAGAUAUUCUGUUUGAAAGGAAACAUAACAAAACACAUUGGAACACGGUCCAAGAAGAGCAGGGUGUAAUUCUGAAGGUAAAUAAACAAAAGAGGCGAGUAGUUGAGGUGCUUUCUCUCGCCACAGCAGAGGGGGAAGCUGGGCCUACAAGGGAGAGGGCAAUGUGGGCUUCUCUAACCCGAGUGCCUCAGAUGGUUUUCCACCAGCGGUGUAUUUGACCAGGAUGUCUUCAAUAUGAGUCAGCAUAGCUGUACAACACCUCACUCUAUUUAUUUGUGUGGCUUGUGAGUGACCCACUUCGCUUACAAAUGCUGCUCACGUACAGCUGGAAGCAACUUGGGCUACAUUCAAGCGUCCAGGCUCACAAGGUGCUCAAGGACAAGGCACAUGGAAUUUGACCCGGCACCCUUUUUAGUAUCGGCCCAGGCUGGAUGUGUGUGUGUGUCAGGAGAAACCUCCACAGCAGGCCCUCAGGAGACACACUGGCUCCCGGAGGCUUGCUGUGGAGGUUUCUCCUGUUUGGCUGAGAGAAGUUUAUUGUAUUAAUGCCAUGAGGAACAGGGUAAUAAUUAUAGUUGUUCACAGCGACAAGUCCUGCCCUCUUGUUUUGAGUAGUACAGUACACUGCAGAACUAUUUCACUACGACUACGGCUCACAUGACAUAGUUUCAUUAACAGAUGUGACGGCAUCUUAAAAAAAUGUAUUGUAUUCAUCCUUAUUAACAAUGUAAUAAACAAAUAUAUAAAGAUGUAUUAUGUAUAUCGGCUUUCUGGGGAUGCAUUAGAGAAUAAUUGGAUCUCCAGCCAUCAAUCCUUGUAGAAGAAAUAAAAACAAUUAUCUCGUUGGACCUUU